AUGCCAAAGAAGCAUAUACAACACACCAAAAGCGGACAUAAAGGUAGAAUAAGGAGAACCAGAGCAAUAUUUGGGCAAAAGGCAAUAGACCAAAUCCAACUACAAGUGGCAUCUCAGAAAUCCAUUCCAUAUGAUCCAGAACUUCCCGGAUGUGGACAGUUCUAUUGCUACGAGUGUGAUAGACACUUCAUUUCAGAAAAUGUUCUUAACGAGCAUAAAAGAGCAGGCCCACACAAGCGAAGAGUUAGGGAAGUAAAGCAAGCGUCGCAUUCCCAAAAAGAUGCCGAGUGGGCAAUUGGAUUAACAUGA